CUCUCCCUCCACAUGUUUUCCCGCCUCUAUCUAUUAAAAUCCCCCAACCCCAUCUCUCUCCCUCAUCUCAUUCUUCCUCUCUCUCUCUCUUCCGCUCUCUCACUUCUCAAUUUUAGUCCUUCUUUCUCUACAAUGAUCAGAACUAGAGGUCUUCAGUUGCCCAGAGCUCAUAGUUUUCACAAGUACCUUAAACCCGGAGCCCUCGCCCGCAUCCGUGACUCCCGAAUUACUGCUCGAUCGCACCGCCUUAGCUUGCUCUGCCAGAUCUCUCUUCGCCCCCCCUCAACGCCGUCGUCCCCGCGUUCAACCGAUGCUCAGUCUCAGGUCAACGUUGCCGAGGGCUCCCCUUGCUUUGCCGGGAGGACCUACGGUCCACGUUGCCCGCAACGGAAGAAGCUCGCCGCCGCCAAGUACGUGUUGUUUGUUACCGCUGCUCCUUCCAAUCUAGCCCUGAAUUCGCCCCAUCUCAUCGCCGAUUCUUUUAUCAAUGACGUUGUUGCUGCUAAUUAAUGGUGAUUGUUCCUUCUGUUGAAAAGUUGAGGCAAUUCUGUUGUACAACGCAGAGCAGUCUAGAUUUGUAGAUGUCCGUUCCUUCUGGGUACUUCGAAUUAUGUGGGAAAAAAAAAAUUUACUCAGAUAGGACUGAGAGUCUGAAAUCAAUAAUAAAAUUACAGGAGUCGCAAUUUUGAAUUUUA